AUGAGUGAUGGCGUUCCUCCAUUGGCUGAAGCUGAUCCAAGGCUGACGAUGCAGACAAUUGCUGAUCAGCAAGGUAUUAUAAAGACACUUGGGGAGAUUAUCACCGCACUCAAAACACGCAUCGCAAACCUCGAAGGGGCGCUAAACGCAAAGACUGCACGGGAUUGUAGCAACACUGGUGGCUCCUCCAUCCAGUUGGACAACGAAGCAUGCACGAAAGAGGCGAGUUUGGCGCAAGAGGAGAGGAUCGAAAAGCUAACGAGUGAGAUGGAAGCACUAAAGACAGAGCGCGAUGAUUUGAAAGAAAAAUAUACGGAUCUGCUCGCGGUCGUUCGAAAAUGUACGGAGGAGUUGCAACAAACUCAUGCACAAUGUGUUAAGCUUCAGUGGGCAGAUCACAACUACAGGGCAGCGCGCUCGGCUCUCUGUUUUGUAGAGUCGCGAUGUAGAGAGGCGGAACAGCGUGGCCAUCGCUUAGAACAGAAGGUGGAAGGCACUUUACCGGAGCGGGAGCGAUGGAAGGCCCUGGCGAUUUCGCUUGCGAAUCGGUUGGACGAGACGUCGAGGAAGAACGCCAUGCGGCGCAUUAGUGCUAUUGACUGCAACGGCAGUUCACAAGUGGAUAUGUGUGGUCAAGAAUACGGCUCCAGCAGCUUCAGGAACACGAACGGAAAGGGAGCCCCGAGUAGCGCAGACCUGGACGUUCAUGAAUUGUUUGACUUGAUUGAUGGCAGGCAAUGGACCUCGGUUUCCUCCUCGCCGGUGACUGUAACUGUAACUCCACAGGGAAUUGGUGGGUUCGCUCUCCCUUCUCCUCUUCAAGGACAGUUACAGAAACCGUCCAUGAUACGGCAAAAACAGCUAUCAGUGGAGGUCGAUCACAUAUGUAAUGUGCCGACGUUAUGUGCCAAUCCCUCAAAAAAGUCACGGUUGCAGGGGAAUAAUUCGCGGCGGACGCAAAGCUCACAGGGAAAUCGGUUUCUCGCCCCCAUAUAA